AUGGCUGACGUUGAAACAAGUGGUGCUAGCUCCACUGAAAAGGGCGUUACUUCUGUUGAACAUGAAGACGUCCACUCCAUUCCUGGUGACUACUGGUACGAUAAGAAAUUGUUUGGAUUUCUCCCCCCAUACUCAGGGUCCAUGUUCCAGGUGGUGAUGCUUGCGUUUGUGGUUUUCAUGUGUCCGGGUAUGUUUAACGCUUUGACAGGUCUUGGUGGAUCUGGUAUCAGUGACGUGACUGUUGCAGACAACGGUAACGUUGCCCUUUACUCGACGUUUGCAACCAUUGGGUUCUUCGGUGGUACCAUUUGUAACAUCAUUGGUGUGAAAGCUUGUUUAUGUUUCGGUGGUACUGGUUAUGCCGUGUACGCUGGAUCUUUACUUUGUUGGCAACACGAAGAAAAUGCUGGAUUUGUCAUUUUCGCUGGUGCCUACUUAGGUAUUUGUGCCGGUUGUCUUUGGGCUGCUCAAGGUACUAUCAUUAUGUCUUACCCUACUGAAGACAAGAAGGGUACUGCCAUCAUGGUUUUCUGGAUUAUCUUCAACUUGGGUGCUGUCAUUGGUUCAAUUAUCCCAUUGGCUGCAAACAUGGAAAAUAAGAGUGGAAAUGCUACAACUGGUACAUUCAUUGCAUUUUUGAUUUUGAUGUGCAUGGGUUCGAUUAUUUCGUUGUUCAUGUUGCCAAUAGAAAAGGUCUGGAAGUCUGACGGAACCAGAGUUGUCACGGAAAAGUAUCCUGACUGGAAAGAAGAAAUCAAGUCCUUGUACAGGCUUUUAAUUGCAGAACCUUGGAUUUUCUUAUUAUUCCCAAUGUUUUUCUCGUCUAACUACUUCUACACCUACCAGUUUAACGCCGUUAACGCUGCAAGAUUCAAUAUCAGAACCAGAUCAUUGAACUCUUUGUUAUACUGGGCUGCUCAAAUGCUUGGUGCUUCCAUUUUAGGUUUAACCUUAGAUAUGACUAGAUUCAGAAGAUCUUUCAGAGCUAAGAUCGGUUGGGUUGCUUGUUUUGUUUGUGGAAUGGCAAUCUUCGGUGGUGGUUGGGCCUUCCAAAAGGGUAACACCAGAGAGACUGCUGCCGCAAUGACACAAGCUGAACUUAUUGACUUCAAGCAAGGAAGAUAUAUUGGACCAAUGUUUUUGUAUAUUUUCUACGGUGUCUACGAUGCUAUGUACCAGACUUUCAUCUUGUGGACUUUGGGUUCAUUAUCUAACAACCCAAGAAAGACCGCCUUAUACGCCGGUUUCUACAAGGGUAUUCAAUCUGCUGCAGCUGUCAUUGCAUGGAGAAUGGAUGCACUUACGAUUCCAUAUCUUAACAUGUUUGUCUCAUCAUGGGUCUUACCAGUUGCUUCUUUGCUUAUUGCUGCUCCAUUGAUUUUGUUUAGAAUCACUGACCACACUGAAGUAACAGAAGAUGUAUUAGACCCUCAUAAUCUUGAUUUAAAGAGCAUCAAGAGUAUCAGAAGUGGAGUAGAUCAACCUGCACUCGUAUCUGCUUAA